AUGAAUUUGAAAGAGUUGGAUGGAUAUGAAGCUAUAUGGAAGAAAGUGACACAGGAUGGUCUAACAUUUGAUAAGGAUGGUGAAAUGGACGAAGCAACAAAAGCUUGUUUUCUAGAUGCGUUGAAACCCUUGAUGGCGUCUUUUGAACCAAAAAGCUUUGAAGUAUCCUUAGAAUUCCUAAUGCGGAACCAUGUCCUAAUGCGGAAGCAUAUUCACUACGAGGACGUGGUGGGCAAGAUGUUUCUGCAACAAUUCAUCUACAACGUGUUCUCUGCUUUGCUUCUUUCUGCUUGCUCCAAGGCAGGAGACUACAAAGCCGAUCAAAUGGUCAGGCCAUCGCUACCGUGUCUCUUUCGCGAAACGCCAGACGAGAACGUUUGGCGGUAUGGCGACUUUCAAGCCAAACCUGAUGCAGUGAGCUCGAUGGACUCUGGUUGCGACCCAUUUGCCAUGAUGGAGCUAAGAACCCUUUAUACAAGGCGUAACGCUACAAUAGUCGAUGAG